ACCCACUACUUCAACCCCAAUUGUACACACGUUUGCUUGUAUCUCUCGAGAGUCACUUUUUUUUUUGUUUUCUGUCGAAGUUCCUUUUUCACUUUUGGCAAAGCCGGCAAUUAUGCCUUCCAACCACCAUGGGCAUGAUAGCUCGCACAACGUGUCGCGCGUACUGUACGAUCACCACCGCGGCAACAAUGGCAGACAGUCUGAAUCAGUGCCUCUGCUAGGAGCCGUGCACGGCAUUAUCCCCGAGCACAUUCAUCCAGAUGGUGAGAGUGGACGCCGGGGCUUCCAUUUGUCUCAUUUCAUCAACGUCGCAUGGCGGUCUGGCAGCAAUGCUGCAAAGUACACCAACUUGCUUUGGCCCUUUGUCGUUGUGGCCAUUGUCUUGCACUUUGCGGCACCGGGCCUGCCGCUUGCCGUCUUUGCAACUAGCUAUAUUGCCAUGGUGCCUGCGGCCAAUCUUCUUGGUUUCGCGGGCCAGGAAUUUGCACGCAAGAUGCCAAAGGUGUCUGGUAUCCUGAUCGAGACGGCAUUUGGCUCCAUUGUUGAAAUCAUCCUGUUUGUCAUUCUUAUUGCGAAACACAACUCCGAGCAUGGAUCCUCAGAGCACGGAAACCUUAUUCCUGUUAUCCAGGCUGCCAUUCUGGGCUCCAUUCUUACCAACUUGCUGCUCUGCCUUGGACUCUGCUUCUUUGUCGGAGGUUUGAGACAAGCGAGCCAGAAGUUCCACGCUGCUAUUAGCGAAGUCGGCAGCGGCCUGUUGCUAGUCGCCGGUUUUGGUCUCCUCAUCCCCAGCGCCUACUACUCUGCGCUCAAGGGCUCAGCUGUGGAAAAAGCAUCAAAGCACCAUGAAUUUACCGAGAAGAUCCUGCAACACAAUGUUCUCAAGAUCAGUCAGGUGACUUCGAUCCUCCUCAUUAUCGCUUUCUUCAUCUUCAUCUUCUACAACGCCCGCUCGCAGCAUUCCAUUUUCGAUGAAGUCCUCGAAGCCGACGAGCACCGUGAUCUGGACCACCACGAAGAUGUUGCCAAGCCCAAGUUCACAAUGACAGAAUGUCUCGUCGCCAUUACCUUUUCCCUGGCCAUCGUUACGCUUCUCGCCGUCUUCCUCGUCGAGCGCAUCGAAGACGUUGUCGAGUCUGGUGUUCCCGACCAGUUCCUUGGCCUCAUUUUGCUUCCUCUAGUUGAAAAGGCAGCAGAGCAUCUUACUGCUAUCGACGAAGCAUGGGAUGGUCAGAUUAACUUCGCUCUCUUCCACUGCAUCGGCCCCUCGAUCCAAACGGCUCUCUUCAAUGCCCCGUUUGUUGUCAUUGUAGGCUGGUUCAUGGGCAAGGAAAUGGAUCUCAACUUUGAGAUCUUCAUGAUUGUCCUGCUCGUCUUGUCCAUUGUCGUGGUUGGAAACUUCCUCCGCGACGGUGAGUCGAAUUACCUCGAGGGCGCCAUGUUGAUUAUUGUAUACGUCAUUGUGGCGGUGGCAGCAUGGUACUACCCCAACCCUGAUGUUGCUACUUCGAAUGGGGUGCACUAUUAGCCAUGACCAUGGUUUGCUCACCCACGUCUUGGAUGAAAAUUGUCGGGAAUACGUCCCUCUGCUACGAUCAAACGCUCAAUGGAAACGCCUUGUGAAAAGGCUGGGGAUUUAAGGUGUUACAAGGUGAAAAACGGCUGACCUUAACUGAAUGACGAAAUAAACUACGUUUGUUGCAUUUGGAACAACCAAUCACGAUGCAAAACACGAUUUGGAACAAUAUGUUGUGAUUGAUUUCAUUUCAUGAUUACGUACACAGCCUAAGCUAGCCCUGGUGAAAUAUACUC